CUUAACUAAUAAGGCGGCGCCCGCGUGUAAAUUCGGUGAGCACAUGAUGGAGUCUCAGAAAAUGACCAAGAAACAAGUGAAGUCGGUUAUUUCUGGUAUCAAACAGCAGGAAAAAUUGUUCCUUGGUAGCCGGGAAAAUGCCAACUCUCUGGUAGAGCUACUUAGCCUUAGGAAAGUCCAGUCUGACAACAAAGACAUAGUAAGUGCCGCCUUGGGGAGCCUUGUGCAUGUGUUCACCACUCUGUUCAACAGAGAUGCCAUGACAUCCAGCAAACCACAGACAAAGCCUAAGGAGGAAAGCACAGAGACCACAGAGGCCAGUCCAGAAGAGCAGUACAAGGACUGGCUUCACAAGAGAUAUAAAGACUGCUUGAGAUGUAUUUCACGCUUGAUAGAAGCCUUCACAGAUGCCACUGCUGUUCAGGAAUUAGCCCUGUGUAGUUUGAUGAAACUGCUGCAGGUCGAGUCCAACCAUCCAUUGAAGAAGAGUGUUGCAAAGCGAUAUGCAUUCCCUGCCGAUGUUCUAAAUCAUGUUGUACGGAAGCUCCUAUCUAGGAGGCAAGACAUGACAAAGCUCAUUGCAAGAUUUCAGGAAUACUUGGAGUAUGAUGAUGUCAGAUUUUUCGUUCUCGCCCAGAUCAAAUAUCACGCCACCAAUUUAAAUGAGGAGGUUGAUAAAAAGGACCUCGCAAUGUUCUGCACCAACAUGUUCGCCCUUCUAGAAAAGCUGACGAUGCCAACGUCUCAGGAGGACAUCACUAACUUCCUAUGUAAACCUCCAGAUGAAGAUGCAGAUGUUAAAGUUACAUCCUUCAAGGAGCAUCGGAAAUUAUUCAGUGAUUCUUGGCUUGUAUUCCUUGGACUUCCUCUUCCGCCGUCUGUCUACAAGAAGACGUUGGUUAUUCUCCAUGAUGCUGUAAUGCCACAUAUGACCAACCCACUUCUACUGACAGACUUCCUAACGUUCUCCUACAAUAUUGGAGGUGCAGUUAGUCUGUUGGCUCUCAAUGGAUUGUUUGUCCUCAUCAGUCAGCACAAUUUGGAAUAUCCGCAGUUCUACAAGAAGCUGUAUGCAUUGUUUGAACCAAGCAUCUUCCAUGUCAAGUUCCGAGCUCGAUUUUUUCACCUUGCAGAUUUAUUCCUCAGCUCAACGUAUUUACCAGCUUAUUUGGUGGCUGCCUGCGCAAAACGUCUUUCUCGUCUAGCCCUCACAGCGCCCCCUGCUGGUCUGAUGAUGGUCAUUCCCUUUGUCUGUAACCUACUUUUGAGACACAGGAGCUGUCGGGUUUUGAUUCAGCGAACAGACGGUCCCUCAGAAAUUGCGGAUGAUCCAUACAUAAUGGAUGAGACAGACCCAGCAAAGAGCAAGGCUUUAGAAAGCUCCCUCUGGGAGUUGGAAACCCUCAAGUCACACUACCACCCCGGGGUCGCUACAGCUGCUUCCAAGAUUGACAAACCCUUCCCUAAAGUAGAAUGGGAGAUCUCAGAGUACCUGGAGCUUUCUACAAGUGAGAUGAUUGACUGGGUGGUGAAGAAAAAGAUGAAAACGGCUCACAUGGAAUUUGAGCCUCCGAAAGGACUCAUUGGCAAAAAAGACGACACUUCAAACUUCUUUGCUUACGACUAAAAGCAGUCAAGAAGAAAUUGGCUACAAUAUAUAAAAACUUAACACUCUUCCUCACGGAGCAUAAAAGGUUUAUUACCCUGAUCAUAGGGCUACCUACUUCAUUCUUUCAAGAACUAUCUCGGGAUCAAGUAUGCAGCCUGUGCUUCAAUAACCUUACUUAUGGCGAUCAGAAGGGUCCGAUUACUGAGAAGCCUUCCACACUGUUCUGUCUAAGAAAGAAAUCAGUCGACCCAAGUUGUCGCGUUGCCGCAUGUUUGAGUCGGGCUCUAUGUCUGACACGCCACACAACUCUAUCCUGCAUACAGCUGAUUAGCUCCUCCUUAGAUAUAGAAGAGUUUGCGGUAACACCAUGUAAUAACAAUCUCUAAAUGAGUUGGGGU